UUGGGCUCAGAGGCGUCCCGACCGAAUUUCGCCGCACCCUGCUCUGCUUGGCGCGUCCUUAAAGGCUGCGUCAAAAGCGGCGCCCCGAUCUCGGGGCGCCAGACAUCAGUGCAGGGUGGGGGUGUCCGCAUGGGAUGCCGAAAGGCGAUGAGGACGAUUUGGCUCCUGGCGCAGAUGGCCCUGGCCCAGCUGCAGCUCCGGGUGACCAGCACCUCCAGGAGCAACGGGAACCACGCGGAAUUCGAGGUGAACGGCCAGGUGCUCGACAUCCCCGUGGGGCGCGGGGUCAACGUGGUGGUGGUGGCCCUGGACGGCUCGGUGGCCUCCAGCGCCGGCUUCGACACCCACGGCGCCGGCUCCGAGGCGCUGGAGGCCUUUGUGGCGCAGCUGGCGCCGGGGAAGCUGGUGCUGAUGGGCGUCAAGGACGACGCGUGGGCGAACAUGAGCCUGGCGGCCAAAGACGCCAUCGCCGCCUGCGGCGGGGAGUUGAUCCGGAACCUCACCUACCGGGGCUCCUACGCGUUGAUCGGCAUCAAGGGCGGGGAGGCGUUGGAUGAGCAGACCUUUGCAGAUGGUCAAGUUGCCAUUGCUGCGGCCACGUUCGAUACGAUUAAAUCGUACAACAUCACGGUCACAAGCACCUCGAGGAGCAAUGGCAACAGGGCAAUUUUCAUGUUGGAUGGAAGCGAGCUGGCGGUGCUUGAUCGCCGGGGGUUGAACGUUGUGACGCUGACCUCAGCUGGGCUUUUCGACGCUUUUCAGAACUUUGACACCUUUGCUUCUGGUUCAGACGACCUAGUGAGCUUCUUGCAGGGUUUGGAAAACGGCACCGUGGUUUUGAUAGGUGCUCGGGAUGAUGCAUCUAACAACAUCAGCUCUGCUGCACAGGCGGCCGUCCGGAGUUGUGGCGCCACACUGAUUGAGAGUCUGUCUUACAGAGGAUCAUAUGCAUUGAUUGGUGUCAAGGGUGGUGCUGCACUGGCGGAGCAGGCCUUUGUAGAUGGUGGCCCCAUCGCAACGGCCACUGCAAUCUACGAAGUUGAUUUAGCAGCCAUAGCAGCCAGCACCAGCAACCACUCAGUCACAACCAGCAUCACAGUUGCCUACAACAGCGCUCCCACCACAACACCGCAAGACACGAUCCUCAACAUCACGGUCACAAGCACCGGGAGGAGCAAUGGCAACAGGGCAAUUUUCAUGCUGGAUGGAAGUGAGCUGGCGGUGCUUGAUCGUCGGGGGUUGAACGUUGCGACACUGACCUCAGCUGGACUGUUCGAUACUUUUCAGAACUUUGACACCUUUGCUUCUGGUUCAGACGACCUAGUGAGCUUCUUGCAGGGUUUGGAAGAUGGCACCGUGGUUUUGAUAGGUGCUCGGGAUGAUGCAUCUAACAACAUCAGCUCUGCUGCACAGGCGGCCGUCCGGAGUUGUGGCGCCACACUGAUUGAGAGUCUGUCUUACAGAGGAUCAUAUGCAUUGAUUGGUAUCAAGGGUGGCGCUGCACUGGCGGAGCAGGCCUUUGUGGAUGGUGGGCCCGUUGCAAUGGCCACUGCAAUCUACGAAGUUCCGGUUGGCGGCAACAAUGUCAGCUCCAGAAGUGAAACCAGCACAGCAAGCACCACAACUUUCCGCCUCAGUGAUAUCACCACAGCCACCAGCAGCACCAUCAGCACCACACCGUAUGGGGCUGUUGGCCUUAACAUCACGGUCACAAGCACCGGGAGGAGCAAUGGCAACAGGGCAAUUUUCAUGCUGGAUGGUAACGAGCUCGCUGUGCUUGAUCGUCGGGGGUUGAACGUUGUGACGCUGACCUCAGCUGGGCUUUUCGAUGCUUUUCAGAACUUUGACACCUUUGCUUCUGGUUCAGACGACCUAGUGAGCUUCUUGCAGGGUUUGGAAGAUGGCACCGUGGUUUUGAUAGGUGCUCGGGAUGAUGCAUCUAACAACAUCAGCUCUGCUGCACAGGCGGCCGUCCGGAGUUGUGGCGCCACACUGAUUGAGAGUCUGUCUUACAGAGGAUCGUAUGCAUUGAUUGGUGUCAAGGGUGGCGCUGCACUGGCGGAGCAGGCAUUUCUGGAUGGUGGGCCCGUUGCCGUAGCCACCGCCAUCUAUGCCAUCUACCUCUCCCAGACCGCGUCAACCUCAACGACUUCCACAUUGCCAACUACGACCACAGUGCCUUUCUGCACGAUGCUCACUUGCCCCCCGGGCUUCGUGCAAAUCGGCGGCAACGGAACGACUUUGCGGGGCGCAGAUGUGUCGACCUGCUGUAGCGAGGCCGAGGAAGGCAUGGCGGAGGUGGGCGUGCGCAGCGCCGGGUUCUCGGACGGCAACGAGGCCACCUUCGUGGCGAAUGGCCGGGAGAUCUUCCGGGCGCCCCAGCGGGGCUUGACGCUGGUGACCCUGCGGCCGGAUGCCACCAGGCUGGACGCGGAGACCUUUGACACCAUGGCAACCGACUCGGAGGCCUUGGCCGCGUUUGUGGGCAGUUUGGCCAACGGCACCCUGGUGCUGGUGGGCGCCAGCGACGAGGCCUCGCUGAACUUGACGGCCUCCGCCAAGGCGGCCCUCCGUACGCUCGGCGCGCGGCUCAUCGAGGGCCUGGGCUUCCGCGCGGGCUACGCGCUGGUGGGGGUCAAGGGGGCAUCAGCUCUGGCAGAGGACUUGAGCCCCAUGGGGGCAGGCUACGCCGUGGCCUUCGCGAGCAUUCAGGUGCAGAUCCCGUUGGACGCCCGCCCGCUCUGCGACCCGAUGGACCCCGAUUUGCCUGUGGCGGGCCACGCCUCCCUGGGGAACUUGCGGCUGGACGCCGGGUGUCGGUACCAGCUGUUCGAGGGCGCGGAUGCCCAGCGCUGCCUGGCGGGCACCUGGCUGGUGAUCUCCGGGUCCUCCAACGCGCUGCUGGGCUUCCAGGGGCUGCUGAGCUUCCUGGCGCCCCAGGAGUACGAGAUCGAGCGCUCGAACGAGCGGGUGGGGAGCUCCAUGGUGGCCGACGUGGUGGUGGAAAAUGGGCGUGUGGUGCACUGGGCCAGCCUCAGCAGCCAGGUGCCUGCGUGCUGGCAGCAGAACCUGCACCUGGCGCGAGAGAACUGGAAGGCCUGCAAGCUGGCCACCCAGGAGCUCCUCCUGCGGGCGCCGGCAUAUUCCUCCACCGCAGUGCGGGUCACCGUCCUGGUGUCGCUCUUUUGGUACCGCACGGAACUGGCGUUGGAGGUUCUGCGUGAGGACUUGGGCUGGGGCGUUGAGGCGCAGGUGGCUCUGAUCGUGCAGGUGGGGAGCUGGUACAGCGUGUGCGCGGUGUCUACCGAGUGCCCCCGCCAAGAGUUGCUGGGACUGGACACCGUGCAGGUCUUCGAGCGGGAGAUGAGCCAAGCCUUUAGGGCGCUCGAGCCCUUCUGCGAGUCCAGGCGCUGCUUCGUGCAGACGCUCUCCUGGACCAAUCUGCACCGGGACCAGGCCAACUUCCAGAGGAUGAAUGCGCACAUCCAGGAGGCUUCAGCGGCGCGCGCCGGGGGACUGCGGCUCAUCGAUGUCUAUGGCCUGGGGCGGUCCAUGCCGGAGGAGGUGAUCAACGGCCACGGGUCCCAGCAGCUGAACCUCUGGGUGUGGACGGUGACGCUGAACGCCCUCUGCCCCUUCUACCAGCCCCUCCCCGACUCUCGCAUUGCCGGGGCCUCCCAUUUCGCGCGCUGGGAGGGCCUAAGUUGCUCGGCGGCCCAGGCGCGGUGGGAAAACUGCCCCGGCUACUACCCCGCCUGCCUGCACACACGAUGCGAGAUGUGGGAGUGCAUGCACGCGGUGCCCUGCACGCUGCGCGCGGCCGUGCCGCCGAGCUUCGACGCCUCCGGCGCAACCUUCGCAGCCUUCGGCGCCGGCGCCGUGUGCGGCGAGCGGCUCAACGUGUCGCGCCUGGCGUCCCCGGCGGAGGAGCUGUGGGUCUGCCACCGGCUGUGGUGCCGCCCCCGCGCGGCCGCGCCCUUGGCGAUUGCGGCGCUGCUGUCGGCGCUGGUCCUGGGCGCCUGCGUGCGCGCGAAGCGGCAGGCCACCGAAGAGACGAAGGCGCAGAAGGAGGAGCGAUCUGGGGCGAAGGAGGAGGAUUUGCCGAUGGACACCCACGUGCCCACGGAAAUGCCGGAAGUCCCCUUGGAGAUGCCUGAGAAGAGGAAAAAGAAGACGGUGGUGUGGCGGGAGUCCGGGCCAUGGCCUUCGCCGGAGCAGGUCAUCAGUCUGCAGAUCGAGCAGCCCCGGCACGAGGAGUCCCGGGCGGAGCUGGACUUUGGGCCGCCGGUGGAGGUGGAGUUCCUGGAGCGGUCCACGGCGCCCUGUGAGAGCCCCAAGGACCAGCACCAGGCGCUGCGCGCGGCCUUCCCGGCGGCGGCGCGGCCCACGCCGCAGUGCCCGGAGCUCACGGACUUGUUCUUCAACGUGGCGUCCAAGACGACGAGCUUGGAGAAUCAGUCCCGUCAGAGGUCCACGGCGAGCUUGGCCAAGUGCCCCGCGUACAUGGCGCCGCCGGAGCGCUUUGCGCUGGGCCUGGCGCGGGUCCUGGCGGCAACCCACGUGUUGCUGGGCAACCUCGUGGCUUCGAACGACAGGGAUGUGACUGCAGCCUUUGGGGAGCAGUUCGCCUACUUCUGCGGCUGGGGCUUCACUUGGGCACCCUGGUUCUUUAUGGUCUCCGGAUUUGUGCUCUUCUCGAGCGAGUUGAAGGAUCCGAAGGAGGAGAACAUCCUGCAGUACGUGCUGCGCCGGAGCACGGGGAUCUACCCCCUCUACGCCAUCCUGCUGGUUCCUUCGUUCCUGAUUGCCACAACCUUCAACUCGGCAUCGGACUGGCAGACCUUGGUGGCGCAAUGCUUCCUAGUCCAAGCCUGGAUUCCAAGCCUCACCGAGAGGUGUCUCCAGAUGCACUGCUGGUUCCUCAGCUGCAUGCUGGCCUUCUGGUUCCUCUUCGUGCCGCUGGCCUGCGUGUUCCGGAGCAUCUCUUUGCUGGCCACGAGUCUGCUGAUGGGUCUCUGCUUCUGCCUGCCCUGGUUGACCAUCCUCAUCCCCCUGGCGCUCAUGGAGCCUUUGGAUUGGCACCAAAGUCCGGAACUUGGGGAGGUCUCCGUAAUGCUGAAGUACCAUCCGGCUUGCUACCUCCAUGUCUUCGUGCUGGGCAUGUUGCUGGCGCGCCUGCGCCAGCACCUCGCCCGCGGCGCCGGCGGCAUGGGCCUCCGCAGCCCCUGGGCGGCGCUGCAGCUGGCGGCGCCGGCGGGGUACCUGGGCUUGAUGGCGGUCUUUUGCAUCCAGGAGCUGCAGGCGCCCGGAAGCUAUGAGCUCUUGGCCCCGAGCUGCGUGCUGCCCUUCCAGGCCAUGGUGGUGCUGGGCCUCGCGGGGGUCCCCUCGCUGCCUUUGCCCUUCUUCGCCUUCGCCUGCUCCCGGCUCGACUUCCUGGAGCCCUACGCCUACGCCCUCUACCUGUGCCAGGGCCUGUGCUUCCAGGUCUGGCCAUUUGGCCCGGAGCGCUUCGGCCUCGGCUGGUUCCUUGUGUUCAACUUCUCGGUGUCCUACUUGGUGGCGACCUUGGUCCAGAUGCCCGCCCAAAGGUGGUGGGCUUCGCGCGGUUGGGCCGUGAAGUGCCUGGUGCCGUGCCUGCUGGCGGCUGCCAUGCUGGGCUUCAGCUCGCUGCCGGAUGCGAUCAGGGAGACCCCCCUCUCGGAGAUUCCCGCGCUGGUGGUGCUUGACCGGAUGGUGGACAUGCGCCUUGAGUUGCCCUUGGAUGAUGCAUUGAGGGACGGCGCUUCGAUCAUCAACCCUUCGAUCCUCGUAAAUGGCAACGAGACUGUGGUGGUCGCCCGCCUGUACUGGCGAGAGACCGAGAAGAAGGUGGGCAUCUUCAAUGGCCCCAACGGCAGCCAAGACGCCAUCCUUAUCUCGCAGAUGUGGCACUCAGAGGUGCUCAUGGGCAACUGCACCUUUGACGCUUCUGCCUGGGAGGCCUGGCCUUCCUCUGACAUUCCUCCGCUGCGGGGCCUGGAGCUGAAGCGCUGGACGGGGCUCCGCACGGCAGGCGGCGAAGGCUGGGCGCGGCUCUGCGUGUCGGACGUGUGGGAAGCCUCCAACGCCACGGUGAUCCGCACGGUGACCGGUCCGGAGGACCCCAAGGCGGUGUUGCAGAAGGACCGGGUGGUGUUGGCCUUCAACUCCGCGCCCCCUGCGCUGGAUGGCAACUUCUCCACCUGCCGCCGGAACGCGGGAGGCCUGCUGGAGGCAGUGGCGCAGAUGUACGUGGCCUACGAGGUGGAGGCGGAGGCGGCGAGCGUGGCACACCGCCUGAGCUACGGAGACGGCGACCUGGAGGAGAGGAACUGGAUACCCUUCACGCAUCAGGAUUCCCUGUACUUUGUGUAUUCCCUGGUGCCGAAGCACGUGGUCCUGGCGGUCGGCUCCAACGGCACCAGUGAGCUCUCGUAUAGCACCACCUUCCGGCCUCUGCAGCAGCUCACGCUGGACUCCCCGCAGCUGAAGAUCACAGGAUCCGCGCAGGCGGUGCUGGUGAGAGCGAACAGCUCCGAGAACGUGUCGGUCGGAUCGAUCCGCCCCUCAGGCUUCGAUCACUUCCUGGGGAUGUUGCAGAUCUACAACCCCGAGACCCGGCGCUCGCUCCACCAUUUCUACCGCUUCCAGGCGGAUCCCCCCUUCAUGGUACUGGAGGUCAGUGGUCCGGUGCCGCUCUGGGAGGCGGAGCCGGCGCCCCAGGCGCCGCCCUUCGCGACGCCCAGCGGCCUCGCAGUGGAGGGCGGCACUGUGGCCGUCACCUACGGGGCCGGGGAGCGACAAGCCCGCGCCCUGGUGAUGAGCUUGGAGAGGCUGGAUGAACUAUUCGCCUGCUCCGCCUACGUUUGAAGAUGCUGCUUGCGAGCGGUUGACUUUAGCAAUGCCAAAGCGAUUUGCAUUGAGGGCUCCAACCAUAUUUCCCACCUCCACC